AACCUAAGUUUUCAAUGUGGAAGUCAUAGUCCCGUGUCAAGUGGACGAAAAUUAAUUAGCAGUUUUACGUCUUUACAUUCACCGACCGCGGUCUAUUUUUUGACUCUAGUCUUAUCUCAUGUCCGAAUAUUUGCUGAAUAGGUUUUUACACAGUGUUCCAUGUUCAUACGAAUUGUAAUUUCAUCAUUCGGGAUCGCAACUUUUUCACGUCAAGUCGCAGGGUGACGUGUUUUUAAAUCCAUGAAGGGACCUCGACGCAAAACUUACCCAGCGUAAAUUCAUACCGUCUCGCUCAACUUUCAUUCUUCGUAUUUCGAACUUUUCAUUGUUCUUCUCUGUAUUUCUCUGACUGUCUUUGUAAUGCAAUGUCUCUCUGGGACCAUCCGCUGUCACAUAUAUGGAAUUUUGAUUCUCAUCCCCUCUUUCCUGAUACUUGUUUUGUCUCUUAUGCAAUAUGAUGAUGAAGUUGUGCACAGUUUUGCCUGGAAUGAUGUCUUCUUUGAAAUUGUCAAACCAGAAGCUCUCAGUUACACAUACAGAAUGAGGCCUGCCAAAGACUUUGGAGUACCUUUUAAUCAAACCUUUUCUUGGACUGAAAUCCCACUUGUGCCUGUCCACCCACCGUACUGCUGCAAUUGGCCUGAUAAUGCUGAAGAACUGAAGGACAGUGUUGCACUUGUGGAAAGAGGAGAAUGCUCAUUUCUAAGUAAAGCUGUGAGAGCUGAAGAGCUCGGAGCCAAAGCAAUAAUUAUUAGUGAUAAUGACGCUGAAAGUGAUGAUUACUACAUUGAAAUGGUCGAUGACAACACUCUACGUGAAGUUCACAUUCCUGCCGCAUUUCUCUUGGGAAAAAAUGGAUAUAUGAUUAGGAGAACACUUCAAAAGCUUGACCUACCCCACGCAAUAAUCAACAUUCCAGUGAAUCUUACAUUUGUUCCAAUGCAUAAAAUCAACCAACCUCCAUGGCUCAGUUGGUGAUAUUCACCAUAAAUGCAGUGUUUAUUUGCUCAGUUUGCAGACUAUGUUUAUUCCAAACGUGAUGUAUUUUCUAUAUUUUUUUGUCAUGUUUUUGCAUUUUAAUUGUAUUCUUACGAUGAUCACUUAGAUUUUAGAAACUUGACGAUACAUACAUCCUUACAUUAAUUCCUUUUAUGAUUGUCC